AUUACACUGAAAAUAAUAAAAUAAGAAAAUGCACUGCUUACUCCGCAGGCACUACAUUGUCACGUACAGUGAAUCAGGAAUGUGGGAAUUUCUAGGCCUACAAACAGCACUGGCUUCUAGAGUGGCUUAUGUACAUCUGCCACCUCUUGGAAAUCAUACAUGUAACUGGUUUAAAAAAAAAAAAAAAAAAAACUGCAGCAAUAAUUGUAGUCAUUUCAUAUUGCGGAUACUUUACACUGUGCCGGAGACCGGAGCAGCUGAGAACAAACUGUCAUAACUUAGUGACAGAUUACAGACUUUUAAAUGCGUCUCCCCAAAAUAGAAGCGCAUUUCGAGCCAAUGGGAUGCCGACGUGCGCGGGCGUUUCGCUCAGGGGCUCUCCUUCGGACCAAUAGGGCGCUAACGCCGCACGUAACUGACGGCCCAGCGAUCCAUAGGGACGCGAGGGGCGGAUUGUUUGAGCCAAUAGCAGCGUCACCUCGAUGUCGUUGAAGCCCAGCGAUCCAAGGGAAGGGGGCGGAGUCGCGCCUUUGAUUGACAGCUCGCGUAGGAGCGGCACACAAGUGAUCUUGUAGGAACUAGCGAGCUAGCUGGACGUUGAGCGCCGUGUGUCACUGUGAUUUUUGCGGUUCUGUACAAAUUAUGGCGUAAAACUUUUCCGCCGAUUCAACUGUGUGAAGCGAAUAAUGCGCGAGCGUUCUUGAUCGCCGCUUUUUUUUUUUUUUUUUUUUAAAAAAAUAAAAUAAAUAAAAUCGCCGUCGCGGAGUUGACAACAUUAAUAAUCAUCAUCAUGCUGGAAAUGAAGCUGCCCGGCGGCGGCGGCGGCGGGAGAGCGGCGGAGGACCGAGCGAAGAAGCCGGCCGCGGACGGGCAGGAUGGCGGGCCCCCUUCCCGGCAACAUCCGAUGCUCCGGCUGGACAAGGAGGCGGUCUUUGAGUGGUUCGGCUUGCACUUGAGUCCGGCCCGGCGAAUAGAGUUCAUGUGUGGGCUCCUCCAUAUGUGCCAGCCGCUCGAGCUGCGCUUCUUGGGCUCUUGUCUGGAGGACCUCGCGCGGAAGGACUUCCACGUCCUCCGGGACUUCGAGAUCCGGGCAAACAGCCCGAGCGAUCUCGGCCUCCUGUCGGACGUGGGCGACCCGGUGGUGCGGUCCAAGCUGCUCGUCUCCCUCUCCCUCCUGGGCUCGGAGAACCGGGAGUGCGCGGGGCUCCUGUUCCGCGUCCUGAGCCACGCGGACCUGACGCCGUCUGGCUGCGAGCAGCACCUCCACGACGCCGCCGGGGACGAGCCCGCGGGGCCGGAUGCGGGGUACGGUCGCGCUCGCGGUGCCGGUGCCAGGCUCGAGCAGAUGGCCCUGCUCUUCACUAUGGCCUCCCUGCACCCGGCUUUCCCGUUCCACCAGAGGGAGGCGGUGCGGGAGAAGCUGGAGCGGCUCGAGAAGCGCCUGGAGGAAGAUGAGGAAGAGAAGGAGGAGAGGAAGCCGCGGGGACGCGCCGCUGACGCUCGGAACAAGGUUCCAAAAAGAAGUUUCCCCUCUCCAUCCAUGGAUUCUAGGUGCAGCAACAGAGUACAAUCACCUCUGGCUACCCAGCCACAAGCUAGUAGCAUCAACAGAGAAGCGGUGUACAUUGAGAAGAUUGUGCUGAAGGGAAUCUCACGGAACCGAAGUGACAGAGAGUACAACUUUGUGGUAAAGUGGUCUGAUGCUUCGUCAGUCAGCAUAACAAAGACACACCGAGAACUGGAGGAUUUUUUGUUGAAGCUUCCAAAGGAGCAGGUCAUGGAGAACUUUGAGAAGAACAUCUUAAGGUUGCUCAGCCAGGGAGACAUGCUAGAAUGCAGGGAUUUGGAGCGGACUCUCAGAGACAAAUUCUUGUCUGCACCACCAGCUUUCCGACAGAAGGAGAAGGUGUGCAGCUUCUUCCUCCGUGACUCUAGUGGAACCAGUGUCAGCCGCUGCAUGACGGUGCCCCCAGGAAAGACCUGCAAGCCUCCGGAGCACUUCACAGGCGAGCUCUCCGAGGCCUCCAGCCAGGAGGAAGGUGUGUACCUGGAACCAUUAAUUCCCGGACAUCGGAAAAAACACGGCAGCAAAAGCCCCAGCCUAGGCCUCCAGAGCAACAAGAAUGUACAGGCUGACAGCUGGAGGCAACCCCAAGCAGAGCACAAUGGAGUUACUGAGUGGAGAAGAAAGACACCCGUGCAGAAGUCCAUUCUGGAGCCUUACGGAGCUGGUCAACAGAAGCACCUGGCUGAGGAGCAGCGGAACUCCCUCCCUGUGAGCAGGAACAGAACGCGGCCACCAGGGGCUGGCAGGGACAAAGCAAAGAAAUACGAGGACAGGGCAACCACUGUGUCCAAUGGGGUCAUCAGACCAGCUCCUCUGCAGCUCAUGGAGCAGAGUAGUGCGAAAGGACCCGGACGGGAUGCAUAUGGGGAGACAUCUUCAGAGAGCUACAGCUCACCCUCCAGCCCGCAGCAUGAUGGCCAGGAGAGCCUGGAGAGUGAGGAUGAUAAGGACCGAGAUACCGAUAGUAACUCAGAUGACUUCGGUAAGGGGAGUGCAGAGAACCUGCGCUGUAAGGCCGUGGCAGGAGCGGCCGUGGCCACCGUCCGCCCCAUGAUCCCCGUAGCGCAGAGGGAGGGGGCGUCAUGCCUACAGAGCCCCCUGAGUCCCUCAGAAUUGUCCCACCUGACUCUUGUGCAGCCCAUGACGUACAUGGUGCAGAACAGCACAAGCAAACCGGAGGCAACCCAGCAGAAUGCGGAAGGCAAGGCCGCGGGGGGGUUGAUGGUAACGAUUCCAGCGGUUUUCCGGGAGCCCCUCCCUCUGGACGCUCCUCCUGGAGAUUCUGAGAAGGCACCCAUGGAGCCCACUCUCUUGACCGCCAAACCUCACCUGAGCGGGCCGCCUCCCAGCAGUCCGGUCCUUCAGCCCCCUGUUCAGCGCUUCAGGACAGCCCCUCUCCCUCCCAGUUCCGAAAGCACUGUGCACCAGCCCCCGAUGGGUGCGAUCAGCGUCAUCCCCUCGGGCCCUGCGUACGUGUCGCCCCUGCAGCCGGCCUACCCCGGGUCAGACUCCCCGGAGCCCCACGUCAAGUGUCUGCAUCUGCCAACUGGCCCCCCGUCGUCUUACGGUGUCCCCGGCCCUGCCAAAGUUGUGCCCUCGCUGGGGGCCGCCGCUGCCGCCACCUCCACAGUGGCUCAAGCGCAGGUGGUGCCUCCUCAUACGACAGGACCCGCCCCCACACCAAACCCCACCCUCACCCAUAGCACGGCACAGAAUGACAGCAACUUGUACAUAAACGGCGCCGCCUGCUGCGGCUCCGCCGAGGCCCUUUCUCAACAGCAGCAACCGGGGCCUCCCCAGCAGGCGGGUUGCGGGGCCUGCGGGUGCCGAGGCAACUGCGGCAACGUUCACGCGCCCAGCUACUGCUACCCUCCGCAGGUGGCCCGCCACGUCUUCAGCAUCCAACCCUUCAUCCAGCUGACAUCCCUGUGCGGAGGCAGCUACCUGAGCCAGGCGGCGCAGGGCGGUGGUGCCACACAGAUGUCCUUCUUCCCACCGAGCGCCACGACCUACAGCGGAGCUCCGCUGCUGCAUGUGCCCUCCGAGCAUGUGCUGGGCACCCAAACAGGCUACAGCCUGCAGCAGAUGGCAGCCUUUAGCCAUUUCUACCCUCCCCUCUUCCCCUCGGUGGCAGUAGUGUCCGGCACUGGCGGGGCAGCCAGCAUGAAGAAGAAUGGCAAUGCAUCGUGCUACAACUGUGGGGUCAGCGGGCACUAUGCGCAGGACUGCAAACAGCCGUUGGUGGACACAACACAGCAAGGUGGCUUUCGGCUGAAGUUUGUCACCUCUCCGUCGACUGGAGGACAAGACAAAGGUGACUGAAGAGCAGUACAGCUCUUGUUCUGCUGCAGUAACUUUUUUUUUUUUUUUCUUCUUUAAAAACAUUUGACCACCUUCACAAAUGUGCUGGGGGGGUCCGGCAGCACCUGUAAAAGUAGUGCCUGAAACUCGGUCCUUCCGAGGUAUUUCCUGACUCUUCUCAGUGGCCUCUUGUAUUUUGCACUGAAGAUCAGCAAGUGACACCUGACAGCUGUUUAAAUUGUAAUAACUUAUUUUCUUAUAUAGUAAAAAUGCCACAUCUCUUAGAAGUAUUACAUUAAGGUUUGGCGAUUAUUUCACGUUACAUACUUGUGGGGUGGGACAUUUAUGAGGGUUCUGUUUUUUAGCUGGUCCCCCCCCCCCCCCUUUUUUUUUUUUUUUUUAAAACCCCUUGUGUACUUGUGUGUCGUCGCCCCCCACCCAUAGGAGCGCUGUAAUCUUUACAUGUAAGACUCCACAGGUCCACCACCACAACGUGCCAUUUGUAGUCUGAAGAAAAUUUCCCACAUUUGCCACAUACAUUACUUCAUUUUUCUAACAAAAGAAAUCACCACACAAUUUGGUAGAGCAGCUAAUUGUAAAAAGAAGAAAACUUAUAUAUUUAAAAACAAAUGUUUAAGAAUGGUGUAUUGAUACAUUUAGGUAGACAUGGUACGUUUUUCUUCUUUGGUUUUUCUCAUUCAGCAUGGACACUAGACCUGAAAAAGCACCAUCCUUGAAACCAUCUUUGACACUUUUGAAUGUACAAUAUAUUUUAUUAGAAUUUCAAACUUUUAAUGAAUUUUGCAGUAUCCUGGCAUUUAAUUGUUUCCAGAAAACCAUAUUCAGCUUGGUAAAAUGUGAAGUUUAUCAUGUGUCUGUCAUGUUGUGUUCAAUGCUGCUGUUUUUAUUUGGGAAUAUGCACUACACUCACCUGGAAUUUUUAUUUGGAUUCCUUGUGUGCACUGAAGCAGUUCUACAGGGAACGCAGGUGGUGGAAACGACUGUCUGUGGCCUCUGUACUGUUGUUGUCCAUCCAGUAUUAUUAUUUUCUAGCGGAACACUGCAGGUUGUGGCUAGAAGACACUUCUCAACAGUCCUUCCUUCGUUCUUUUGCAUUGCAUUGCAUGUGCAGCAUGUUUCAGCAGUUUGUUCGUUUUUAUGUCUCUGGUGGUUUUUUAAAAUAUUGAAGUAGCCAAGAAAAAGGGGCCAUCCUGCAGGCAUUUAUAUUUAGUUUUAUUUCCUCAUACACCAUUUGGAGCUGACCAGCUAUGCACGUCUUGUGCAUUUGUACACGUGUAGCAUUGGAUACAUGUAUGUACAUGCAAAGCAUCAUCGACUUCCAGAAGAAAGAGGAACUUGAUGUCAACACUUAACAUAUUUGUACAAGUUCACUCGACUUCGUGGAGAAAAUUCCAGUUUGCUUGAUUUCUGCCAGUUUCAAAAAAAUGCCUCCUCUUGAUUUCAUGCAGUAUAACGGAGUGAACGGAUUUCUUUGCAAAUGUUCACUUUGAACUCUUUAUGAAAAGAACUCUUGACAGUUUGAGUAGUAUGAAUAAUCUCUUUACUGCUUAAGGGCAAAGCCUAGGAAUAUUUCCUUUGUAAAACAAAAGUAGUUGCCUGAAAAUUAUUUUGAUAGUCAUGAAAAUGGGAGAAGUGUGGACAACGUGUACUUAAGUUGAAUAGUGUGAGUGAGAAAAACCAUGUGAUUUCUGUGGAUUGCACAGUUGAAACUGCCAGUUCUAUUUGUUAAAUUUAUAUUAAAGAUUAAAAUGCUGUACUAUAAGGAGGGUGCAUUUCCUCUAGUCAAAUGUUUACUGUACUUUGAUAUCUAAAUAUGUAAUUAGUAAAGUCAAAUAUUUCUAGAAUAAAUUUGAAUUUUUAUGCAAAUUGUUACUCCCUUCCCCCAUAAUUUUCUGCAAUAAAAAAUAAAAUAAUCA